AUGGAUGCAGGAAGAACUAGCAUUAUAUACGAAGGAAUUGACAGCAAUAAAGAACUUGUAGUUGUAAAAAUAGCAAAAAAGAAUGAAUACUUGUUUUGUUUUAAACAAGAAAGGAAUGCAUUGACUCGACUUUCAGAAUUGAAUUUACCGCAUAUUCCAAAACUCCUUCUAAGCAAUAUAAAUACCCUGGUUAUGACUCUUUUUUGUAUGAAAGUCAAAAAUCUGGACCUUCAAAAAUACAACUUUCUUCGUGAUAAUAAUGGAAACAUUUUGAUUGCUGACUGGAGAUACAGUGUAAUGGAAGGUGAUAAUAUGCCAUUCGCUGGAGUGCUUAAAUGUAUGCCAGAUGAUAUUCUGGAAUCAUUGGAUAACAACAAAGCAAUUAAUUAUAAUUCAAGAAUGGAUUUCAUAUGUUUGGUACGAUCACUUUACCUGAUAUUUCAUAAUCCAGUAAUGGAGAGGUUUUCCUUUGAUAAGGUACUUGAAAAUAGAAACUUUAAAAAACAAUUGCAAGAAAUUAAAACUUUUUGGUUUUCUCAUGGAAAUUCUUUAGAAUAG